AAGCCCAUCCAGACCUACGUACGAUUCUUGGGGAAAAGAAGGUACCCACUAUUGCUUGUCGUCCCGACCGGCUCGCGAGCUACCCCGACACGGCGAGUCCCCACCUCUCGUCCUCCGCCGCCGCUGGGUGCUUCCCCACGCCGUCAAUCGCUUCCCCGCCGCCGUUGGCCUCCUACAUUAAUGAUGGGAACAGAGGGCAUUACGGUCACAUUCAUCGAAGACCCUGAACCCUCAGUUCCUCCUGGAUUUGGACCUUUUGCUGCCCUUGCAUUGCAGGAAAUCCAAAACGAUGUUAAAUCUGCUGAUGCUCAUUCUAGUUCUGUUCAAGUAUUACAAAGCAUUGAUAAAGAUGUCGAAAUUUUGGAAUGUCUAUCCAGUUCAGUGAAUUGUCAGAGUGACACUCCUUGCAGUACUUCUGGGACUGAUACAUGCAGGAAAUCACUGCGUAACAGACCUCCAAUAGAUUAUAGCCGCUUUGAACACAAUGCAGACGACGAUUCUGAUGUUGAAGUAGCAGAAAAGGGUGUAAGUUCAGUGAGACAUAGACAACAAUUCCCUAAAGGAGUACUUCGAGGAUGUCCAGAAUGUGCCAACUGUCAAAAGGUUAUUGCAAGAUGGAAUCCAUCUGGUGCACGUAGGCCUGUUCUUGAUGAGGCUCCUAUUUACUAUCCGACUGAGGAGGAAUUCGAGGACACCUUAAAAUACAUUGAGAGUAUACGGCCAAUGGCAGAACCAUUUGGAAUUUGUCGUAUUGUUCCACCACCUUCAUGGAAGCCACCAUUCCUUCUUAAAGAAAAGAAUAUUUGGGAAUGCUCAAAAUUUUCUACUCGGGUACAAAAGGUUGACAAGCUGCAAAACCGUAAAUCAUCCAAGAAGAGCAGAAGAGGUGGAAUGAUGAAGAAGCGGAGAAAGAUUUUAGAGCUGGAAGAAAAUAGUAGCAUCAAUCACAAUCAAAUUGGGAUGCAGCAAAACCAAGAGAGAUUUGGAUUUGAACCAGGACCAGAGUUCACACUACAGACGUUUCAGAAGUAUGCAGAUGAUUUCAGUGAUCAAUAUUUUAGGAAAGAUACAUGUCGGGAUUCACCACCGUCAGUGGAAGAUAUCGAAGGCGAGUAUUGGCGCAUAGUUGAAAGGCCCACAGAAGAGAUAGAGGUAAUAUACGGUGCCGAUUUGGAGACUGGAACUUUUGGCAGCGGUUUUCCAAAGUUAUCCUCUGAAAUGAAAUCUGAUGUGGAGCAUAAAUAUGCACAAUCUGGUUGGAAUCUAAACAACUUGCCUAGACUACAAGGUUCGGUUCUUUCUUUUGAGGGUGGUGACAUUUCUGGUGUUGUAGUGCCUUGGUUGUAUGUCGGCAUGUGCUUUUCAUCAUUCUGCUGGCAUGUUGAAGACCAUCAUUUGUAUUCAUUGAACUACAUGCAUUGGGGUGCUCCAAAGAUGUGGUAUGGAGUUCCAGGAAAGGAUGCUGUGAAUUUGGAGGCUGCAAUGAGGAAACACCUACCUGACUUGUUUGAGGAGCAACCUGAUUUGCUGCACAAUCUGGUUACUCAGUUUUCACCAUCAUUGCUUAAAUCUGAAGGAGUACCAGUCUACCGUUGUGUUCAGCAUGAGGGAGAGUUUGUCCUGACAUUCCCACGGGCAUACCAUGCUGGUUUUAAUUGUGGCUUCAAUUGUGCAGAAGCUGUUAAUGUGGCACCCAUUGAUUGGUUGCCAAUUGGACAAAAUGCUGUUGAGCUUUAUCGUGAACAAGCUCGGAAAAUAACUAUUUCCCAUGAUAAGCUGUUGCUUGGGGCUGCAAGAGAAGCAAUAAGAGCUCAGUGGGACAUCCUAUUCCUCAAGAGGAAUACUGCUGAUAACUUGAGGUGGAAAAGCAUAUGUGGACCUGAUAGCACCAUAUGCAAGUCACUGAAGGCACGAAUCGAGACGGAGUUGACACAAAGACAAAAUAUAUGCUCUCCAUCUCAAUCUAGGAAAAUGAGUGCUGAGUUUGAUUCUACUGAUAGGGAGUGUGCGUUGUGCUACUAUGAUUUGCAUCUUUCUGCUUCUAGCUGUCCAUGUUCCCCCGAGAAAUAUACUUGCCUGGUACAUGCAAAACAGCUUUGCUCAUGUGACUGGGACAAAAGGUUUUUCCUAUUCCGUUAUGAUGUCAAUGAGCUAAAUAUCUUAGCUGAUGCUUUGGGGGGGAAGCUAAGUGCCAUUCACAGAUGGGGUGUCUCUGAUCUUGGAUUAAGUUUGAGUUCAUGUGUCAAACGAGAAAAGGUCCAAGAUUCCAAGACUGUUCGCAAAUCAACUGAUGGCCCAAGAAGGUCCUACAUGUCCCAGGCGUCAACAGUAUCAUUGGUACCUUCUUUUGUUUGCACCGAACAGAAAAAUAACGGAAAUAAGAUGCUGGACAUAGCUAGUCAGGGUACGAAGUUGCUUCAAAAAAGUCCGGUGACAAAUAAUGCUUGUCCUUCUGAAGAGCAAAUAAAAUCAGGAAAUGUUUCACCAGUAAAGGAGCUGUGCAUGAAGAAUGAAUUAUCCUGUCCAAUAAACAAUGGUACCAGCCGACAACAAUAUAGUGGAGGGAUUGAAGGCCACAAAAGCUCAGCACCAAGCUUGCCAGUUCCUUCUGGUCAAUCAUUUUCAUCCAAUGUUGUGACAAGACCCGUAAUUACUUCAGGUGAAUCCGUAAGAAGCGUGCAUGGGUUGACAGUCUUUAAAGAGAGUAGAGAAACUUCUUCUCAAACCGGAGACUGUACAUCUUCACCUAGUGAGCAUCAUAACAGGCCACCAACAAUUGUUGAUAACCAAACCAACAUGAUGUCAGGUUUGGAAAACUCAAACAAUUCUCAUAGGUUGAUGGCAUCGGAUUGUACUGCAACACUGUGUAACUCUUACAAGGAUCAAGUACUCGUAACACCGGAAUCUAAUGCCUCGGUGAUGAUGAUGACUGAGAAGGAUAGCAGUCAGGUCCGUACGGCAAGUCUGCAGUUUGUCAAUUCUGUUUCAAGAACACAAAGUGUGUCUCAGGAAGCAUCAUCUAGUGUACCUGCUUCGAAGCCACUCAUAGAUUCUUCAGUUGUGAAAAAUUCAUAUGGGGUUUUCGGUUCAGGCAGUGCCCAUUUUGGGCAUCCAACUUUUGGUAAUCAGCAAAUAAAUGAUAGAUGGAAUCAAAGAAAAUCUGAAUCUCAACCCAGUGUGGAAGUUAGAGCUAGGGGGCAUUCAGCUAUAAUACCGCAGCCUGCUCUCGAAAAUCACAGCAGGAAUGGAGUUGCACAGAAGGGUCCUCGCAUAGCUAGUGUCGUGCAUCGAUUCAAGUGCUCUGUUGAACCUUUGGAAAUUGGAGUUGUGCUAUGUGGGAGGUUGUGGUCCUCAAGCCAAGCAAUCUUCCCAAAAGGGUUUAGGAGUAGAGUAAAAUACUUCAGCAUUGUGGAUCCGAUGCAAAUGGCAUACUACAUAUCUGAAAUAUUGGACGCUGGACUGCAGGGACCUCUUUUUAUGGUGACUGUAGAAAACUGUCCAAGUGAAGUUUUUAUCAAUGUCUCUCCUACCAAAUGCUGGAACAUGGUCCGCGAGAGGCUCAAUAUGGAAAUUCGAAGGCAACUCAGUAUGGGAAGAGCUAACCUUCCUACACUACAGCCUCCAGGAUCAAUUGAUGGUCUUGAAAUGUUCGGGUUGUUAACACCAGCAAUAGUUCAGGCAAUUGAGGCACUUGAUAGAGAUCGCAUAUGUACAGAGUACUGGAGAUCCAGGUCCCAUGUUGUCAUUGAGGACCGAGAGUGUCAGCAUAUGCCAACUCAGGGUCCACUGCAUAUUGCGCUGAGGGGGCUCUUCCAGCGGGCUAACUGUGAUGAACUGCGAGCCCUGCGCAGUUUACUGAUGAGCAAUAGCACUCUGGACGACAGUUCUAGGCAGCAGGCUGCCCAAAUCAUCGACGAGGAGAUUGCAAAGCAAAUGCGCUGACUAGCAUAAAUACAGGCUGUUGUACUAACCCAACUUAGACGGCAUGAAAUUUUUUGACGGGGUCAAGCAGUUUUAACUCUGAGGCUUGCUUCUUCCGUUGCCCUCGUGCCCAUUCUUUUUAUUCUUGUGUCCAUACUUCGUUACGUAAGAUUUGCUACAUUAUAAAGUGAUUUAGGGGCCUUAUUUGCUACUGUAGCGUUGUAAAUUAUGACCCUUGUUAUUUUUCUUUGAACAGUUAUUACAUGUGGUGUCACCAAGCAUGAAGCUAUAACUUCUUCACUUGCAAGGCACAAGUAAGAAACUAUUGUAAUAGCAUAACAAUGUUCGUUAUUUCCUUUUUGUUGUAGUUCCCUAAGGUUUUGUGAAUAGUUAAGGGCCCACUACUGUAUUAGCUAGUGAUAAGUAAUGGUGAGUCUUUUUAUACGAUGUAGUUGGGUACUUAGGGUCAUCAUAUUACUUUGUGCGUGAAAUCAAUGAAUCGUUCAUGCUUGUGUGAUGUAAUGAUCCAUACGUUACAGGUACUCACUAUUGUGAACUAUGGUCUAAUAAGUUGCGCCUCUUAUUGAUCCUAUUCUGCUGCAAGUAAAUUGGUUUUUUCAGAA